ACUCAGAUCCUGACAUGUCUGAUGAAAUAUGCCCCAAUUAAAAUUAAAUGGCAUCACUGUGGACUUCCCAUUUCAACCCUACAAAUGUCAGGAAGAAUACAUGUCUAAAGUGCUGGAAUGCCUUCAAAAGCAAGUGAAUGGGAUUUUAGAGAGUCCCACAGGCACGGGGAAGACACUAUGCCUCCUUUGUGCAGCUCUGGCUUGGCGGGACCACUUCAAAGAUGCCAUCUCUGCACAGAAGAUCGCCCAGCGACUGAAUGGAGCAGAACUCUUCACUGACCGGCCAAUGUCAUCCUGGGGCAAUGCUACCACAGGUGCUGAUAUCCCAGCUUAUUACACUGACGUUCCUAAAAUAAUUUAUGCCUCCAGAACUCAUUCUCAGCUUACUCAGGCCAUCAAUGAAUUAAAGAACACAGUUUACAGGCCAAAGGUAUGUGUAUUGGGUUCCAGAGAGCAGCUCUGCAUCCACCCUGAAGUUAAAAGACAGGAAAGUAACCAUACGCAGAUCCACAUGUGCCGUAUGAAGGUAACAACUCGCACAUGUCAUUUCUAUAACAAUGUGGAAGAGAAGAGCACUGAAAAAGACCUGAUCAGCACCAUCUUGGAUAUUGAAGACCUGGUUAAAAGUGGGAACAAGCACAGAGUUUGCCCUUACUAUCUUUCUCGGAGUUUGAAGCAGCAGGCAGACAUCAUUUUUAUGCCUUAUAACUAUUUACUGGACCCAAAGAGUCGAAGAGCUCACAACUUGGACUUGAAGGGGGCUGUAGUGAUACUUGAUGAAGCUCACAAUGUGGAGAAGAUAUGUGAAGAGUUGGCAUCGUUUGACUUGACACCCUAUGACUUAGCUUCAGCUGUGGAUGCCAUUAACAUAGUUCUGGAGGAACAAGUGAAAAAUGUUCAGCAGAAUGAAAUCAACUCUGAAUUCAAUGUGGAGCCUGCCAGUUCAGGAUUAAACAUGGAGCUUGAAGACAUCGCAAAGAUAAAGCAGAUUCUUCUUCAGCUAGAAAACGUUAUAGAUGCUGUCGAGCUGCCACCAAGUGGAAGUGGACUCACUAAGGAUGGAAGCUAUAUAUUUGACCUGUUUGAAAAGGUACAAAUCACAUCCCAAACCCAAGCAUCUCUCCUUGAGUCACUGGAACAAAUCUUGCAGUAUUUAGCAGGCCGUACUGGCAUAUUCAUCAAUACAGCUGGGUUGCAUAAAUUUACAGACAUAAUUCAGACUGUUUUUAACUUCCGUCCAUCAGAAGGCACAUCUAGUUGGGUUCCAGUUUCAAAGUAUUAUAAGGUCCACAUCCAUCUAGAUGCAAGUAAUCAUAAAAAGAAGCAGAGGACAGACCUGUGGAACUCGUCAGCAACUAAAAAACAAGGAAAGGUCUUGAGCUAUUGGUGUUUCAGUCCUGGAUACAGCAUGCAUGAGUUAGUUCGUCAGGAUGUUCGAACAAUCAUUCUCACUAGCGGGACACUCGCUCCACUGUCAUCUUUUACUAUGGAAAUGCAGAUUCCCUUCCCAGUUUGUUUGGAAAACCCACACGUUAUCGAUAAACACCAGAUUUGGGUGGGGGUAAUCCCUAAAGGACCUGAUGGUGGUUUGCUGAGCUCCACCUAUGAGAAAAGAUUUUCAUCAGAGUGUCUGUCAUCUCUUGGGAGAACAAUAGGUAAUCUCGUUCGAAUCACACCACAUGGGCUGCUUGUUUUCUUCCCUUCAUAUCCUGUCAUGGAUAAAAGCCUGGAAUAUUGGAGAGAGCAUGAUUUUGCUGGAAGAAUUGAAGCAGUUAAACCAAUGUUUGUGGAACCAAGAAACAAAGGAACCUUCACAGAGGUCAUAAAUGCCUAUUAUGAGAAGAUUGUCUGCCCCAAGUCUAAUGGUGCUGUUUUCUUGGCUGUGUGCCGUGGGAAGGCCAGCGAAGGUUUGGACUUCACUGAUAGGAAUGGUCGAGGUGUCAUCAUUACAGGCCUUCCUUUCCCCCCUCGCAUGGACCCAAAGGUCAUUUUAAAGAUGCAGUUCUUGGAUGAAAUGAGGUCAAAAGGUGCCGCUGGUGGACAGUAUUUAUCCGGGAACAACUGGUACAAACAACAGGCUUCUCGUGCAGUGAACCAGGCCAUUGGUAGAGUCAUCCGGCAUCGACAGGAUUACGGCGCCAUCUUCCUCUGUGACCACAGGUUCAUGAAUACAGAUGCGAUAGCCCAAUUGCCUUCCUGGGUCCGUCCUUACAUCAAGAUUUAUGAAAAAUUUGGGCAUGCCGUCAGAGACGUGUCUCAGUUCUUCCGUUUUGCCCAGGAAACUGUACCCCCUCCCCCACUUCGAGACCCCUCUUGCACCACCACUGGAGAAGAAGGCACCUCUACAACUUCAGCUUCAUGUGAGAAGUACCUUUCUGUGACCAAAGCCAGCAACACAGACGACCAUGUUCCUAGUUUGAAAAGGAAGAGGAUUGAUAAUGGAGUGGCCAGCCUGUGUGUAGAGUAUGAGCAAAGGCCGUCCACCUCACAAAGACAACCUGGUAGCCUCUUGGCUGCGCUGGAGUGCAAUGAAAAGAACUGUGGAGAGGCAAGCGAGGAAGACAGCAUGCCAGGAGAGGAACAGGCAAAACGUUUGUCAACUCUCUCCCUUCGAUAUGAGAAGAAGCUCAUGGAUGAGCAGAAAGGAGGCAGGAAGAAAAUCAAGAUAGUCAGCAAUCCGCAGGCUGGCAAAGCCCAAGACCUCUCAGAGACUAAAACUGCCAGGGCUGCAGCUUUCAUUGCAACAGUGAAGCAAUCUUUGAGCCAGCUGAAUUUUAACACGUUCUCAAGGGCUCUGCAGCAGUACAAAACCACGAAUGACUUCAGUACUAUGUUGUGCCAGAUGAGCGCACUUUUCAUGGAAGACCAGAAAAAACAUGUCCUGUUGCGAGAAUUUUACCAGUUUGUUCGGCCGCAGCACAAAAAGCAGUUUGAUGAAGCUUGCUGUUCCCUGACGGGAGUGGGCUGUGGCUACAAACCUGAGCACAGCCUGAAGCUAGAGGAGAGGCUGCGGCUGGCCAAGAACCCAGAGAAGAAAUGUGACGAGAAAACCACCUUUUCGGGUGGUUCAACUGGGCAGCUGAACACUGAGCAGCAUUUGAAUAAAGGAGGUUCCCACCUAACCUUGGGGUUGGGCAUUGCAGGAGGAAACAGUGCCUGUGUGACUGCUGACCCCUCCAAAAAAAUGCCCAGCUCCCUAAAGGAGAGCCGUAACCAAAUAAUCCGAUCAGCCUACCUGAGUGACCUCAAGGUGGCUCUGGACCAAAGCAGCUUCAGCAGUUUCUUUUCAGCACUGUCAGCAUACAAGAAGACUGAUGACUACGAUGCCAUGGUGUCUGUGGUUGCAGCCCUCACCACAGAGAAGCCAGAACAUUUCCAUCUACUACAAAGGUUCUCCAUGUUUGUGCACCCCCAUCACAAAAAACAGUUCAGACAGAUGUGUAAAGAGCUGACUGGAAUGAGUUGCCCUGAGGAGAGUGAGGAGGCUCUGUUACCAGCACAGGAGGAGGGCUCCCUUGGCUUGAGGGACUCAAACUGCAUGGUGGAAGAGAGUAAAUUUCAGGAUAAAGCUGUCAGCCCGACCCCAGGUUCCUCCAAGAGUGAGAUGCUAGAGAAGAUCCUAACUAAUGCCACCCCUAUAAGUAACUUGGAAUCACAGAACUCCAAGGGAGGUCCAAGCAGUGUCCGCACACCCAUGGAUUCUGACAGCGUGCCCAUCUCACCAUUAAGGGAAGGGUUCCAGUGUGGAAAAUGCAAAUCUGAGCAUGGUGUGCCUUUUAAAUGCCAGCUGUGCGACUUCACUUGUUGCAAAUUGUGCUGGGAGAGUCUCCUAAAGUUCAUUAAAAGAUGCCCGGGAAUGCAAAGUGAUACCAAGAAGAUACUAUCUAUGAAUUAUUGGCCAGAUCCCCAUGAGAGAGGUAUACAUUGAGGCAAAAAA